UCACUCCGACAGCCCGAUAUUGCUACGGUAUUUAACGAUGCAGACAACAUUGAAAGAUGUUUGCAGAAUGACGGUCACAGGGCAUGGGGCUGGGUUUUCUAUCGCAGCACCUACAAAAGUGACGAUGUUUGGAAAGAAUUUGUCUUCCGUCUGCGAGCUGAAAUAAAGUCUGAUUUGGACUUCCAUGGCGGCGCUGAUAUGCUCGACAGCCUGGAGCUCACGAUCGUGGAGGAUAAAACCUUGGAGGGUGCAAGUACUUCCGAGGUUCGAAAGAAUUUCAAGAUCUGGGUGCAGAACAACGCGCGGCAAGAGCAAGACGGUGUUGAGGCUGGAGGCUCACAACGCUAUUUGUUCUGCGUUCAGGUUGAUGAGGAGUCCCUACAGUCUGUCAUUGCGCAUCCUCGUGGCAAAUACCCCCCUGGUCCAGACGGCAGCUGGAUCAAAAUGAUAUGGAGGGAUUGGGAUCUCGAAACAAUCUACCGGGAUCGCGCAGAACCAUAUGAGGCGAUCGAGGGUUGCAUCAGAGAAGAUGUGGGCUGGAUGCGGGUGGGUUUCCCGGAUUUCAUGGUCUACGGCUACUCUUUGCUACGUGAACGAAACGGAUGGUAUGUUCUGUACUGCCGACCACCA